AUUUUUAUGUGGUAAACUGCAAACUCAGUUCUAUCAAUUAUUACAAAUACUUACGAAAACACACGAGGAGUGGAAUGUUUGGACAAGAAACCUCAAAUAUAAGAUUCAAUUGAAGAAGAAACUCGAAAUAAUUAUAGUGAUAAUGAAGAUUUUAAUCAGUAAGAUAAAGGUAUAAAAUUAUAUAUAAAGUAGAAUUCGAUCCUAAUUAAUGGAGUUUAAGAAAUUUUGAAAUGGGUAGAUAUUUAGGAAAUGGUAAAUUUGGUCAUGUUUAUUUAGCGAGGUAUUAAUUAUUUUAUAUCCAAUUAGGGAGCGUGAAAGUAAAUUCAUCCUUGCUUUAAAAGUAAUAAGUAAAAGACAACUCAAUCUAUGUUAAUUGACUGGAUCUUUAACCAGAGAAGUGGAAAUACUUACACAUCUCAAACAUCCUAAUAUUAUUAGUUUUUAUGGUUUUUUUUAAACAGAAAAACGUGUUUACUUAAUGCUUGAAUGGGCUCCAUUGGGAGACUUAUAUGGUUUAAUGAAGAAGUAAUAGAAUAAAAGAUUCAAUGAAAAAAUGGCAUCAAAUAUUAUCAAGCAAAUAACAAUGGCUAUUGGAUAUAUGCAUUCAAUGAAUGUUAUACAUAGAGAUUUGAAACCUGAAAACAUAUUGUGUUUCAAUGAUGAUGUGUUCAAGAUUUCAGAUUUUGGUUGGAGUGUUCAUACUCCAUCAAAUAGAAGAAAAACUUUAUGUGGUACUUUAGAUUACUUAUGUCCAGAGAUGAUUAAUUAUCAACCUCAUGAUAAUAGAGUAGAUGUUUGGACAAUAGGAGUAUUGGCAUAUGAAUUAGUAGUUGGUAAUUUUUAAGAUUAUAAAUAGGGAGACCACCUUUUGAAUCACAUAAUGAGAAUGAUACAAAAAGAAAGAUAUAACAUUUGCAAUAUUAGUUUCCAUAGUGGAGUAGCUCAGAUUUUCAGAAUUUUGUAAAAGGAAUCCUUCAACAUGAUUGCAAUAAAAGACCUACAAUCGAAUAGAUUUUAAAUCAUCCAUGGAUUGCUUAAUGA